GCUCACGCUGCCACUACAACCGACGGAAAUGGCGGUGACGGCCAGGCGAGCAGCGUGAAGUGCUGAUGCAUUUACAUGGAUCGAAAAACCCCGACCGCCAGUAUAUUGUUGGACAACUGACAAUGACUUCGAAGUAGAGCACCGUUUGUAGUUGUCAUUACAAACCCAUAAAACCUCCCCGGGGAAGUUUUCAUCUCGUCGGCGGAGGAGUGAAAAUCUCACCGGGAGCAUGGCUUCUUCCAGCACUCAGUAUAUUUUUGGGGAGUUCAGCCCUGAUGAGAUCAAUCAGUUUUUUGUGACUCCUCGAUUUUAUGUUGAGCUUCCUCCAUUCAAUGACAAAGUUCAGUGUGUUAGUCAGUCUUCAGGAAGUUACUGCACUCCUGCUGUGCCAUUUAUUAUGGAGUCUAUGGGACUGCAGGUUUGCGCAGAAGACUAUCAGCACAUUGAGUUUGGGGUUGAUGAGGUGAUGGAUUCCAAGCCGGUUAGAGCAAGCGAUGCUUUGUACAGGGUGUCGAGCAACCUCAACCCACAGGCCCCUGAGUUCAUCCUGGGCUGCCAGGCGGCUCCAAAGGCUCAGCAGGCGGCCCCUCCGGUGGCUGACGUCCCUGACGGAAGCCAUUUCAACUCGCUGGACGGGCCGGACUCUGAGGCGUCAGCCCUGGACAAUCACCAGUCCUGCCAGGACAUGGACGGACUCCCCGGCAGCCUGGGACAGCGAGAGAGAAAGAAAAAGAAAAAGCGGCCGCCUGGGUACUACAACUACCUGGACCCAUCAGUUGGUGAAAGCGCUAGCAGCAGUGUUGCAGCUGAUGGUGCUCCGGUAACGGCACUGGUGAAUGGACACGCACUUGGAGGCUCACACCACAGUUCUGAGGAUGUGGACAGUAAGGCAUUGUCAGCAGAUGAACUUGGCACCCAUGGACCUGCUUCCAAUGCAACAUCAACAGCAUCUGUGUUUGCCCCCACAUCCACUGCCAAUCAGAGGACUUGUGAUAGCCCUGAGGACUCUUCUUUAGACUUAACAGGUGGAGCUGCCUCUUUAUCCGACGGUAACAAUGCAACUUCCUCCUCUUCAUCCUCCUCUCAAAGCAGAGAGAUGACAGAGGGAUCAAGGACUGCAGAUCAGCAGCUGGAUCAUUUGGCUCCACAGAGCCCUGAACUGUCAGACACCCCACACAGCCCCCACUCCAAAUCUCCUCUUCCUCCCUCAGCUCUUGCAACCACCCCCUCCGCCUUGACUUCCACUACGACUACUGAACUAGAGGGAGCUCGGGCAGCAGACACCGGAGUGGCCAAUGGGCUAGAAGAGCCCAGUACUCCUGUCAGUUCAGAUGGACACAAAGAAGACUGUGACAGUGGGGAGCAGGGCCAGCCUCUCAGCCCAGACUCUGUGACCCAGCCUUUAGUAACAGAGCAGGCAAGCUCUCCUGCAGUUGCUGCUGCGCCCACUGCCAAUCUUCCCAAAUCCUGGGCUAGCCUGUUCCACAACUCAAAGCCUCUGCCUGGCAGCCCUCAGGCCUUUGUAGAGGUGAAAAAUAUUGUGGAAGCUGCUUCCCCCUCUCCUGCAAUGCCAGAGCAACCUGAGAAGGUUGGGGAGAUUAAAGAAGGUCCUGUCCAUGUAUCGGAAGAUCCAAUGGCCCCAAAACUUGCAGAAAUUAUUGAGAAUGUGAAGUUGAUACAUAAACCAGUGUCUUUGCAGCCGAGGGGGCUGAUCAACAAGGGGAACUGGUGCUAUAUCAAUGCCACCCUUCAGGCCCUGAUCGCCUGCCCGCCCAUGUAUCACCUGAUGAAGUCCAUUCCUCUGCACAAUGAAGCACAGAGAACAUGCACCUCCACACCCAUGAUAGACAACUUUGUUAGGUUGGUGAAUGAGUUCAACAACAUGCCUGUGCCAUCAAAAACCAAACAGCAAACUGUUGGUGAUAAGGUUGUAAAAGAUAUUCGGCCUGGUGUACCUUUUGAGCCAACCUACAUCUACAAACUCCUCACUCUCAUCAAGUCAAGCCUCUCUGAGAAGGGCCGACAAGAGGACGCAGAGGAGUAUCUUGGGUUUACCCUCAAUGGACUUCACGAGGAGAUGCUGGCAUUGAAAAAGCUAAUCUUGCCUCAGGAAGAGCAACCCCCCACACCCAAUGGCCCGGAGUCACAGCCAGGUGGUGAGGAUGAUGGAGCCGAAAAGGAGGAAGAAGGGAGUGAGGACGAGUGGGAACAAGUGGGUCCCAGAAACAAGACUUCAGUCACACGUCAAGCUGACUUCGUCCGCACACCCAUCACUGAUAUUUUUGGUGGACACAUCAGAUCCGUGGUGUAUCAGCAAAACUCUAAAGAGUCGGCCACUCUCCAGCCUUUCUUCACCCUGCAGCUUGACAUCCAGUCUGAGAAGAUCCGCACAGUUCAGGAAGCUCUUGAAACGUUGGUGGCCCGGGAGUCGGUCCAAGGCUACACCUCCAAAACCAAGCAAGAGAUUGAAGUCAGUCGGAGGGUAACUUUGGAAGAGCUGCCACCUGUGCUUGUGCUCCACCUCAAGCGAUUUGUCUUUGAAAAGACUGGAGGCUGCCAGAAACUAACAAAGAACAUUGAUUACCCUGUUGACCUGGAAAUAAGCAAAGAUCUCUUAUCCUCUGGAGUGCGGAGCAAAGUUUUGAAAGGCCAAAGAACUUACAGGCUCUUUGCAGUUGUUUACCACCAUGGAAACAGUGCGACAGGCGGCCAUUACACCACUGAUGUCUUCCACAUUGGUCUUAACGGCUGGCUGCGCAUCGACGACCAGGCGGUGAAGGUCAUCAACCAGUACCAGGUGUUGAAACAGACGGCCGAGCGCACCGCCUACCUGCUGUACUACCGCCGCGUCGACCUGCUGUAGACACCCCUCCACACAGCCAUACACAGACACACACACACACACGCCACAAACAUGCUCAAAAUGCACUUGCUGACAAUAAAGUGCUUCUGCAUACAACACAAAAACACACCAAACUAAUGAACAGGAACACUGCCCGACUUGUUCUCUUGCAAGAUUUUCCUCCUCUUCCCUCCUGUCCCCGCUUUCCAGAGAACCAGCUUUUCCAACGCCUUUUUCCUUGUCACCUUUUUUUUUUUUUUUUUUUUUUUUUAAUUUUCAGAAGAAGAGAAGCAAGCUGCAUUCACAAAGAUUUCCCUGUGACUGCUCUCUCUUUUCUGUUCACCACUGCUGUUUUUUUUGUCAUCUUUUGUUUCACUUUUAAAGCAACAAGGAAGGACUGUUGAACAGACAGACAGACAGGUGGAGGUUAGGGGUGCAGGUUGGUAUCUGAGACUCUCCUUGGACUGAGCCCACAACUUGGCUCUGAUGACGAACAGUGAACUCACACAGGAGGAACUAUCACUCAAUACGCUGCGAGUGGACUGCAGGAGAAAUUCUUUUCAAAUCUUUUCUUGUUUUUCUUUCUUUUUUUUUUUUUUUAAGAAAAUUACCUAAAAUAUCAGUGUUUGCCUUUUAGCAAAGAACUGUCGGCCUAAUGGUUUUGCAGCAGCUUCAAAGCUUGCUGUUUGCCCUCGUGCUUUGAAAAGGCCCAGCACCAGCAGUAUCACCAGUCUCAUUCCCCCAACAACCAGAUUGUGUUCUUCUUCAGCCACCACCUCUUCCUCCUCUUCCAUGUUCUCACUUUCAUGAUGCUUUUAAACCUAGGUACAACUUGAGCCAUAAAAAGCAGAAAGAAAUUUAAAAGAAAAAAAAAAAAAGAGAGGUGGUGCUAUGGAUGGAAACAGCUUCCUUGUUUUUGAACGAUCCUUGUUAUGGGAUUUGGGUUUAGAUUUAGAAUAUUGUUGAAAAGAAUUUAUUAAUGCGCUUUAGAAUUUAAUAACAAAUAUGCUUCUGUGCACAGAGAAUAAACUGAUGAAUACAAUAUGACAGGCAAAUGCAUAUUUUACAAAUAUUUAGACUGAGAUGUAUUAAAAAGAGCAAAUUUAAAAAGGAAAAACGGAUCUGGUUGACAGAAAACGGUUCAGGUUUUCAAGGACUGUUGCCAGUUUUUAAACGCAGUUCCUGUUCUGGACAAGAAGCAAAAUGAUCAAGACAGAUUCCACUGCAAAACCUGCCCUGUUGACUUUUUUAAAAAAUUCCUUAUGGGUUCUUUUUAUUUGCUUGUCAGAGGUAUCCACUUGUGUGCUUGGUUUAUACGUGUAGUUUUGAGCCACGCAAAAGCUACUUCCCCCUCAACUGUGCUGUAAGUGGGGGCUCAGUGGCGUUUUUCCCUCUCCAUGUACAACUCUUAACAUUACAUCUCUGAGAGAAAAAGAAAUCCGAGCUUUUUCGGGGGUUUGUAUUCUCCAGAGAAUCAGUGAGUCGCUUUGGGAAAUUUAGGACUACAUCAGUGCUAGGUUUUGACUACAGACCUUGGACAUGUGCACAAAUGGAGAUUGUUUGUUUGUUUUUUUUUUGUUUAAAUAUUUUUUGGCUCCGACUCAUUUAACUGUGAUUUCUUUUUAUUUUUUGAUUUUAUUUUUGGCUUUACUAAAAUGUUUGUUUUUUUUCUUUCAUUUUUGUCAUUAAUUAGAUGUUGUACUGCUCUUGCUCCCUUUAGAGAAAAAAAUGGCUUGCAUUGGAAUUGGUGUUUUCAGAGAAAUUAAAGUCUAAAGCACAAGAAAUAAAAAAUAAUAGUUCUUUGCUUGAUAUUUAUUUCCUUUUUUGUCUAUUUUUUAUUAUUUUCACUCCAAACCCAUUUCAUUCCAGCCACAAGUGUCAUCUUCACAGACAAACACAUCAAAUAUUGUUUCAUGAUUCUGGAAUCCAAAUGUUUCUUCUGUCUCAUCUGGACUUAGUUUUGGACAUCCAUCAGUCUGCUUAUGAAAGGUAUAUGGGUCAGACUGUUUUGAUGUUUUUCAGAACCUUUGUUGCAGGGUAGCAUACAUUUUCUGUCUUGCGGAGAUGUGUGUGUUUGAAAGGAGUUACCAUGCCCUUUCAUUUAAAGAUUACACACUUUAGAUUGACUAAAUUUUAAUAUUUCCAAAAACUGUUUAUUGGAUUUUAUUUCUGCUCUGCUCAAUGUUGCGUUGUAGGUUAUGAAGGCAAAUAUUUCCAGGUAAACCAAAGGACAACAUUAUACUGCCCCUACUGCCUUUCAUCAACUUUAUUCUCUGACUUCCUUUCUUUUGCCUUGUCUAUUCGAGGUUCUGUGUAGUCUAAUUGCACACAGGAAGUGGCAUGCUCUGUAAACGGUCGAGCCAUCUUUCACAUAGUUCAGUUGUGCUGCUGGCUUUUAUUUGUGCUGAAAAUCGACACUGUUUUGCGUAUUAACCCCCCUUUUUAUUAAAAGAAUGUGUCUCCGUGGGGACUUGACUUGGACACCUUGAUUUUUUUGUUGUACACUUGUAUCUUGGUGUCUUGUUGGCUGGUUAAGAAAUGUGCUGGAGAAAAGCGUCUAUUCUUUUUUUCUUUUAAAUGUCUGCUCUGAACACUUUAGUCUGCUGGGAACUGUUGGAAUCUUCAUCCAGAAACAAACGCUGUUUAUUAAUUUGAAGCCUUCAGCAUUCUAUUUUGUUUAUUGUUCAAUAAAGGAUUGUGCAAAAAGCAGUAAGCUAAUCAAGUGUAGUCUGAAGAGUACCUGGCUUUCUUACGACAGAAACCCUUCUGCAGCUUCUAGACCUUGGACUGGCACAAUAAACCAAAAUGUUCUAGA